AUGCUACCAUUCAUGGCGCAAGGCCAUCUCAUCCCUUUCCUCGCACUGGCCAACCGAAUACACACCACUUUCGGCUUCACCGUCACCAUCGCCACUACCCCACUCAACGCCCGCUACCUCCGCGCCGCCAUGGCCACCCACACGGCCACGGGCCCCAAUCACAUCCAUAUCUCCGAGCUGGAGUUCGACGCCCCCCGCCACGGCCUCCCUCCAAACACCGAGAACACCGAAUCCCUCCCCCUCCACCUCAUCGUCAACCUCUUCCACUCCUCCACCUGCCUCGAAACCCCCUUCCGAGCCCUCAUCCAACAAAUCUCCUCCUCCGACGGCAAACCCCCGCUCUGCAUAAUCUCCGACGUUUUCACCGGCUGGGCAAACGCCGUCGCCGCCUCCUGCAACACCGUCAACGUCACCUUCACCACCGGCGGCGCCUACGGCACGGCCGCCUACAUCUCCCUGUGGCAGCACCUUCCCCACAAACACAAGGACACCGAAAUCGACCCCUACUUCAAUCUCCCCGGCUUCCCAGAUUCCAUCAAUUUCCACGUCACUCAUCUCCACCGCUUCCUGAGAGCCGCCGACGGCACAGAUCCAUGGUCCAGAUUCUUCCAACCUCAAAUCAGAUCCUCCCUCGACUCCUUCGGCUGGCUCUGCAACACGGCCGAGGAGAUAGAACCUUUGGGGCUAAACAUCCUCAGAAGAUACACCAACCGCCCUGUCUGGAGCAUCGGCCCUCUCAUUCCCCGAGUAAUGACGUCAUCCGGCAGCGUGCGGCACACGGGUCGUGAGCCCGGAGUUUCGACGGAGAUCUGCCUCCGGUGGCUCGACUCCCACCAGCCGAGAUCCGUCCUCUACGUGUCCUUCGGCUCGCAGAACAGCAUCGGGCGGCAGCAGAUGAUGGCGCUGGCGGAGGGGCUGGAGGACAGCGGGCGGCCGUUCGUGUGGGUGGUGAGGCCUCCGGUGGAGUUCGAUGUGCGAGGAGAAUUUCUACCGGAGUGGCUUCCUGAGGGGUUCGAGGGGAAGAGGCAGGGGCUGGUGGUGAGGGGGUGGGCCCCGCAGCCGGAGAUACUGUGCCACGUGUCGACGGGGGCGUUCGUGAGCCACUGCGGGUGGAACUCGGUGAUGGAGAGCCUGAGCCAGGGGGUGCCGCUGAUCGGGUGGCCGCUGGCGGCGGAGCAGGGUUACAACGCGAAGAUGCUGGUGGAGGAGAUGGGGGUUUGCGUGGAGAUGGCGAGGGGGGUGGGGAGUAGGGUGGAGAGGGAGGAGGUGAGGAGUGUGAUAGAGAGGGUGAUGGGGGAAGGGGAGGGUUUGAGGAGGAGAGCUGGGGAGAUUAGGGACAUUAUAACGAGGGCUCUUGCCGUGGACGAUGAGGAGGAGGAGAGUGGGUCGUCGGUUAAGGCAUUGGAUGAUUUUGUCACGGCACUCUUGUCUCGCCAAAACAAAGCAGAUGCAUGA